GCAGAGGAAGGGAAAGAGUGGAAAGAGGGUAAGGAAUGGAAAGAGGGCAAAGAGAAAGCGGUAGAUCAGAGCAGGCCGGUGUCUGUGAUGAGUUCCCUGAGCUACAGGAAGCGCUCCAACAUCAAUGACUCCAUCGGAGGUAAAGGGGAUGACAGCUCCCUCUUCAGUUCCCUCAAGAAUGACCAGGAGUCCCAGGAGUCUAUCUCCUCCUUCCGUAAGGCCAAGCCCAAAGGCUCCUUACCCCAGGAUGACCCCUACUCAGUCAGCUCCAGCUCCUGGAGGAAGUCCCAGACUGGGAACGAUGAUGGCCGUGGCUCGGUUAUCUCCCAGGCCUACACUGAAGCCACCAGCAGGGCUAGGAUGGGCAUGGACAGCCGCUGGGGAGAUUUCGACAAAGAGUCCACCGUGUCCUCCAUGGUCCCCAGCCGGGCCUCCGUCGCUACCACGUGCCGUGGCCUGAGCCCAGACGACACCAUUCCCAGUCCCCUGAGCCGCCGCAGCAGCACCUCUCUCAGUCGCCGUUCUGGGGGCAGGAGCCCUGGCAGUGUGAGCUGUGCUGACUCACGCAUAUCUGACUUCCGCAGCUGCCGCCUGAGCGAGUUUGAUGACAUGGAGGACGGGCACAGCGUGGUCUUCACCGAGCGCACCUCGGCCUACAGCUCCCACUCUUCCACGGGACGCAGCCUGUCCAUGCCCCCGCCACACGCCCGCUCCUCCUACAGAGAUGAUGACGAGCUCCCUGACACCUCGGACGUCAAGCCGGCCACCGUUGGCCACCGCAACUACCUGGACCCCGACCUGGAGAAGGCCAUCAACGAGGUGCUGAACUUCAAACCCAUCAAGUUCAAACGCACCAGCCUGGAAGACUCAGAGGCCGAGGCAGGGAGGAAAGAGGAUGAUACAGAGGAUGACAGGAAGGGUGUGCUUAGUGUCAGGGGGAGUGGCGACCGGGAGGUGGACAGCGGGCGCAGCACCAGCAGUCUGAGACGGUCCGCGUCGGCUGUAGACUGUAGGAAGUCCUUGAGCAGCCACAGUCGCAGCCACAGUCGCAGCCACAGUCGCAGCCACAGUCGCAGCAACAGUCGCAGCAACAGUCGCAGCCGCAGCCACAGUCGCAACAGCGGCAAGAAGAGCCAAGGUAAGAAGAAGAAGAAGAGGAGGGGCCACGGCUCCGAGUCAGACAGCUCCAAUGAUGACCGCCGCAGCAGGAAGGGCAGCUCCAAGAAGAAGGACAAGAAGUCCAAAAAGGAGUCUUCUUCCUCAUCCUCAGAUUCAGAGUCUGACUCAGAGUCUGGCUCCAGUUCAGGUGCCUCCACCGUCUCCUACAAAAGCACCAACAGCGUGAAAAGAGCCCCUGGCCGCCAAGCCUCUAGCCCAGAGGGGGAGAGGGAGGCGGGGACGCCUGCUGAGGGGCGGCCCCCUCCUAACAAGAAGGAGGAGAAGAAUAGGAAGAAGAAAGUGGACAACCUGAUGAUGAAAUAUCUGUACAGACCGGACAGUGACUGAGGCUGGCAGUAGGUGUUGCCUGGUGUGUACUGUGUCUACUGCAUGGUGUGAUGAUGCCAACCACAGAGAGAGUUUCCUCAGUCAAUCCUCUUCUGCUGAGUCUCACAUUCAGCAGGACCCCCCCCCCCCUUUAUAAUCUAACCCAGUCACCUUUUGAAAACAUCAGCUGUGUUAUGAAUAAUACAUCACUUUGACUUAAUUUACUUAUUCCUGUUAGGGCUUCAAACUUCACUUGGUUCAUCUUAAGACAUUUUUGUUUUUUAAUUACACUCCAUCCCUAAAUACUAAUUGAAGUAAUUGAGGUCCUUAAUUCACAGGAGCUCAUCCGAAAGCAAUUACAAUUUACAUCUCUUCAAUGGCAGUUGUGACAUUGCUUUGCACUGCUGUAAUUCCAUUAUGGUAUUUUGGGGGGAAAGAUAGAGAGAGAAGGGUAUAAGCUUGUUGUGGAUGCAUUACAAUGUCGGCGAGCCUAGUAGCAGGGAUGUUAGAGCCUAGGAAAAGGCUAAGCUCACGUGGAUGUACCCAUAGUGCUGCUGGCUAGUUCUCCACCCAAGUGUCAGCCUGAUUUAUGGCGCCGGAAAUAAGAAAAUACCAGGUGUCGUCAAUUACGACGGCCACCAUAGAUUUCCCCCUCCAACCCCCUUAACUCUGGCCGUAAUUAGACCCACUGCAUCGAUUUACACAAGCAGCAAGUACAUUUAAGAUGCACGAUUGACAGUAAUUAACCCUAGGUUUGCAUAAUUUAACUGGGCUUGAAUGUUAAAUCAGGUUGAAACACGCAGUAGCAGUAGGCAGGUAGAAUAUCUAAAGACAGAGAGAGGGUACGUCAGAGUUGGUCUACUAACGAUUCAUACGGAAGAUUUGCUCUAUUGUUUAGAAGUCAUUAGAGUGAAAAAAGGUUCACUGGUAUUUUUUUCUUUAAACUGAAUGGUAUUUGAUUGUUCUACACUUGUGAGGCCAGGCAGUGCACGGUAGGUAUGCCAUUGUUCUGUUUUUGGAGAGGAAGCCACAGUGCAUAGCAGGUUAAUUCAACCACAAACCAGAACCAUACUCCAUCACAUGCUCUCUGUGGAAUAAGUGUACUUUUUUGUGUCUAAAAAUGUAGUUUUAUAACUAGAGCUAUGGUAGUAUGCAUCCGUCCAUGUGUUUGUGCACAUUUAGUUGGUUGAAGCACAAUAUGUGUAACAUUACAUAAAAGAUAAGAACAUUUGAUCAAUGUUUGGUAAUGAUCAUGCUCCACUGUGUAACUAUCCUCAGGACCUGUCAUUGAUUCUUUCUCUC